AUGGAUCAGCCCAAGGGAAUCAGAAUCGCCAUUGAUCGAGGCGGGACUUUUACAGAUUGCGUGGGCAACCCGGGAACGGGGCGCUUGGAAGAUGACAUUGUUAUCAAGCUACUAUCCGAAGAUCCCUCCAACUACCAGGAUGCACCGUUGGAAGGCAUUCGGCGCAUCCUUUCCCGGUUUACGGGCCGUGAAAUUCCUCGCGGCGAGCCUAUCGACACAUCCCUGAUCCAAAGCAUUCGCAUGGGCACUACCGUGGCCACGAAUGCUUUGUUGGAGCGGAAAGGCGAGAGAAUUGCGCUGGUGGUCAGUAAAGGCUUCAAGGACUGCCUUCAGAUUGGCAAUCAGUCCCGGCCCAAGAUCUUUGACUUGGCGAUCAAACGGCCCGAGGUGCUCUAUGAAGAGGUCGUCGAGAUAGAUGAGCGCGUGACUCUGGAGGAUUAUGCAGAAGAUCCCGAACGUAACGUCACAGCGACAGUCCCUCGGGAACAGAUGGCCCCAGGAGCCGACAUUGUGCGAGGCUUGUCCUCGGAAGCAGUCCGCAUCUUGAAACGGCCAUCGGAGAGCACGGUGAGAUCUCAGCUGCAGCGAAUAUAUGACCAUGGAAUCCGCAGUAUCGCCGUGUGUCUCAUGCAUGGAUACACUUUUCCUGACCACGAGGCGCUGGUGGGGAGAAUUGCUACCGAGAUAGGCUUCCAACAUGUCAGCCUGAGCCACCAGCUUAUGCCAAUGAUCAAACUGAUCCCGCGAACAACUUCAGCAUGUGCCGAUGCAUAUCUGACUCCAACGAUCAGGAAAUAUAUUGCCGGAUUCCAGGCGGGCUUUGAGGGCGGACUGGGAACCGAGAGUGUGAAGCGACAAGAAGGUGCUCGAGGUGCACGCUGCGAGUUCAUGCAGUCGGACGGUGGUUUAGUAGACGUGGACCAGUUUUCCGGCCUGCGAGCCAUCCUGUCCGGCCCAGCAGGCGGCGUGGUUGGAUAUGCAUUGACUUCAUAUGAUCCGGUGUCCAAGAUCCCAGUUAUUGGUUUUGAUAUGGGUGGUACCAGUACAGAUGUUAGCAGAUACGGAUCUGGUCGAUACGAACAUGUGUUUGAAACAACCACUGCCGGAGUGACCAUACAAUCCCCCCAGCUCGAUAUCAACACUGUGGCUGCAGGAGGCGGCUCUAGGCUCUUUUACCGCAAUGGUCUCUUUGUAGUGGGCCCAGAAUCAGCAGGCGCGCAUCCAGGACCAGCGUGUUAUCGCAAAGGUGGACCGCUGACGGUGACGGAUGCGAAUCUCUUCCUUGGUCGACUGGUCCCUGAUUUCUUUCCCAAGAUUUUUGGCCGCAAUGAAAACCAGGGGUUGGACGAGCACGCGAGUCGGGAUUUAUUCGAGCAACUGACAAAAGAAAUCAAUGCUGAAUUAUCCAAAGGAGGCCAGGAUAGAGAAAUGAGCCCCGAUGAGGUUGCCUUUGGCUUCGUCAAAGUCGCCAAUGAGACAAUGACUCGCCCGAUUCGGUCUCUGACAGAAGCAAAAGGACAUGAUACUUCGAAGCACCGACUAGCUACGUUUGGAGGUGCUGGUGGCCAACACGCAGUGGCUAUUGCCGAGAGUCUGGGGAUUCGACAAAUCCUAAUUCACCGAUAUUCGUCCGUACUUUCUGCGUACGGAAUGGCUUUGGCCGAUGUGGUUGAUGAGAACCAAGAGCCAGAGUCUAAAACAUGGGUUGAGGAUGACGAGGCGGUUCGGCAAGAGCUCAGGCGAAAGAUGGAAGAUUUGAAGCAAAGAUCCAAACAAAGGCUACAUGACCAAGGAUUUGACGAUGAAUCCAUAGUAUUCGAAGAAUAUCUCAACAUGAGAUACCGCGGAACAGAAUCUUCGCUCAUGAUAGUCAACCCCAGCAAAGAAGAAGCAGGGCUUCACGGUGGUGCCGAUGACUGGGCUUUUGGGAAAGCCUUUAUCGAGCAUCAUGAGCAAGAGUUUGGCUUUACCCUCCCUGAUCGAGACAUCAUCGUGGAUGAUGUACGGGUUAGGGGAAUCGGGAAGAGCUUCCAAAUGUCUGAGAAGACCGUGGAUCAGCAGCUCCAAGAGUCUCGACCCAAGGACGUAGUGGAUGGAGCAUAUCGCAUGUCUCGGGUGUUCUUCGAAAACGGCCGCCAUGAAACCCCAAUUUACAAGCUGGAUGGUUUGAAUAUCGAUGAUCGGGUGACGGGACCAGCAAUUCUGGCUGAUGAUACGCAAACAAUCGUCGUGCCACCAGGUGCCACGGCACUCUUGACAAAGACCCAUGUUGUCAUCAACAUAGGGGAGGCCGACGGCAAAAGCACCAGAAUAGAUACAGCCACCGUGGACCCUAUUAUGCUCAGUGUAUUCUCCCAUCGUUUUAUGGCCAUUGCCGAACAAAUGGGUCGUGCAUUGCAGAAGACAAGCGUGAGUACGAAUGUCAAAGAACGACUUGACUACUCGUGUGCCUUGUUCGACGCCGACGGCGGGCUCGUUGCAAAUGCACCACAUCUGCCAGUCCACCUUGGCAGCAUGUCCACUUGUGUCCGCACUCAGGCCCGCAUUUGGCAGGGCAAGUUGAAGCCCGGCGAUGUUAUUGUGUCCAACCACCCCGAAUUUGGUGGAACACAUCUUCCCGAUAUCACCGUCCUCCAGCCCGCUUUCAGCCAGGGGAAAAUUAUAUUCUAUGUAGCAUCUCGAGCGCAUCAUGCCGAUAUUGGGGGCAUUCUUCCCGGCUCCAUGCCACCUCAUUCCAAGGAAUUGUACCAGGAGGGUGCGGCAAUCAAAAGCGAGAAACUGGUGUCAGAGGGCCGGUUCAACGAAAAACGGAUCACCGAGCUUCUUUACGAUGAACCGGCUAAAUACCCCGACUGCAGUGGUACUCGCUGCUUGCCGGAUAAUCUGAACGACCUCAAGGCCCAAAUUGCUGCAAACAAGAAAGGUAUCAACUUGAUCAGUGCUUUGAUCGAGGAAUACGGCGAAGAGGUUGUCUCGUUCUACAUGCGACACAUUCAAGACAAUGCAGAGCUUAGUGUGCGCAAUCUGUUAAAAGAAGUCAGCAAGAAGUUCUCCGGUCAAGACCUCCGAGCCAUUGACUAUAUGGACGACGGAAGCCCUAUCCAACUGAAGAUCUCCGUCAAUGAGGAGAGUGGCGAGGCUGUUUUUGAUUUUGAUGGAACAGGGCCCGAGGUGUACGCUUCGCAGGGUGAUACAAAUAACCUGACCUUCGGAUUUGGCGGCAAUAUGCUUGGGAAAACAGAGACCAAAGGGUUUGGAUACUAUGAAACGAUCGCUGGAGGCAGCGGGGCCGGGCCAAACUGGGAAGGCACCUCAGGCGUUCACACGCAUAUGACCAACACACGAAUAACCGAUGCUGAAGUGUUCGAGAGGAGGUACCCCGUCUUGCUUCGGGAGUUCAGCCUACGGCCCAACUCAGGGGGGAGCGGCCAGCAUCGUGGCGGUGAUGGAGUGGUUCGGGAUAUCGAGUUCCGGAUCCCUGUGCAGGUAUCGAUACUUUCUGAGCGAAGGGUUUACCACCCCUAUGGGCUGGCAGGUGGCGAGGACGCUCAGUGUGGCCAGAAUAUCUGGGUCCGCAGAAUACCUAAACCUGAUGGAGGCUGGGAGGAAAGACACAUCAAUAUGGGAGCGAAGAACUCGGCUCAGAUGCAGCCAGGGGAACGGAUCAUCGUCCGCACCCCGGGGGGUGGCGGUUGGGGUCGGCCAGGAGAUCAGAGCGACCUUCGUAAUGAGCGAGAUGCAUGUCAUGCUUGGCAUGGUGGCUCCAUUGCAAACCGCACAGCGACUCAAGAGGCCAGCAUGUGA